GUUUGCAUACGUUAGAUGAAACCUGGCGACCGCGCAGGAGCCGUGACAGCUGCGCUCACUGUGGAUGUGGGACAGGGACAGAGACACGGACGGACUCUCGGACAGAGAUGGAGGAUCGUAAAAACACAGUCCUCUAACACAGUCCACUUCAGCUCCUAACACUUUUCGCCCUCACGUCCUGUUGUUACUGGCUCUGUCAGGUGUGCGGCAUUCGUUAUUUUUAAGAAUGGGUGCGCUGCAGUCUCAAUCUGAUCACCAUGAAUACGUUGAUCUGGCACAAAAGACUGGAUUUUCCUUUGAACAGAUCGGAGUCUUACAUAAAAGAUUCAAGCAGCUGAGCCACGAUGAAGAAACUCUGCGGAGAGAUCACUUCAAUGAAAUCCCAGAUCUUGCGUGCAAUCCCAUCCGUGCACAGAUAAUAGGUGCCUUCUUUGACAGGAGAAACUAUCGUCAGAAUAGCGAGGGGACGGUUGAGGAGAUAGACUUUGAGAAUUUCCUGGUGGUCAUGUCCCAUUUCAGGCCCCCGUCUCUGCACCUGACAGAGGAGCAACGCGACAACGUCAGGAGGGAGAAACUGAGAUUUUUAUUCAACAUGCACGACACAGACAACGAUGGGACAAUAACCCUGGAGGAAUACAGACAUGUGGUGGAGGAGCUGUUAUCCCGUAGCGGUGCUUUGGAAAAGGAAACAGCCAAAAGCAUUGCGGAUGCAGCCAUGUUGGAGGUGGCCAGUAUUUCAAUGGGCCACAUGGAACCUGAUGAAUUCUAUGAAGGAAUUACAUUUGAGCAUUUCUUUAAGUUGCUGAAAGGCUUUGAAAUUGAAUCCAAAAUGAGCGUUCACUUUUGGAACAUGGACACGUCAACGCUGUGUAAGUGAGGUCGGUGCAUGACAUCACACUAUAAAGGUGUAAGAACAGCAACCGCUGCUUUUUUUUUCCUUCACCAACUUUCUAUGCAGAUCCAAAGAACAUAUAUUUUGUUUUUGUGUAUGUAUAAUAGUCUAUUUCUGCAAUAAUAUGACACCAUAAGUGAUAUAAUAACCAGCCAGCUAGUCGUCGGACACAGCAAUAAUCAAAUAUCGACGUCCAAAGUAACAGACAGUGUGUCUAUAUAUAUAUGCAAUUAUGGAUGCUAGAUGAACUUUUACAAAUGUCAUUGUCAUAAACGAACAACUAUAUUAAUCAGGGAUAAUGAGGGUUUGUAUUGAAAUGUAUCCACGAAGUGUAAUCAUCUAAAAUGCCUUCACUUUGACACUGUGCAGCAGAUAUGACAUGGUUCCUGAUCUGCACGUUACAUUUGCACAAUAAAAGCCUGAAACAGGUCGGACUUUAGUUAAUGAUAUGCGUUUCUGGUGAAAAGGGAAAUGGGAGUGCUGCCAUGCAAGAUUAAUAGCUUAAAGGCUAAAAUUCAUUUUAAGGGUUAGGGGAAGAGAUAUAUCCUGUAAAUCAUACUAUACGUUUCAUUUCCCAGAUGUUACACCAUACAAAAAAGAAAUAUCAUCAGUAAGAUAUCAGUAUACCCUUAAGAAAUCUAGCUGCUAAAUGUAAGAUAUAUGGUAUGUAAUGAAAUAAUAAAACAAGUCACAACUAUAUCCUCCCUUUUAUUUACAUUUUUGACGACUUUAAAUAUUACUUAACAUAUACAGUCACGAGAUAACCGAUGCCUGAUAGAUGAACUUAAACCAACAGGCCCUAUUUAUUACGAUAUAUAAUUCGAGUUUGAAAGCCUUUACAUCAUCACCACAUCAGCAAUCAUCAAUCUUUUCGAGCUGUAAUCUUGUCCUAAAAGGCUCAAAAUCUUCAACUGGAGACAAAAUCAAUUUGAAAUGUGUUUAUCAAUGAGCAGUUAGAAGCAAUUCUCCAGUCCUAUGACUUCUCUCACUCCAUUAAAAAAGAUGUAUCUUGUACAGACUUGUAAUAAAUCUUGUACUAAAACUUCA